AUGUCACUCGACACCACUAAUCUCAAGAUACUCCAACUUGCUGGUACACCAAAGCAGCAAAAAUACGCUACACGCAUCUUGCCUAUUCGUAAGAACGGGCACAUCCUGCUGACGACCCUAUUGCUGACCAACACCGUGCUUAACGAAACACUGCCGAUCCUAUUUGAUGGCAUUUUCUGCAAAGGAUUUAUGUCUGUCAUUGCAUCCACAGCAUUGCUUGUCAUGUUUUCAGAAAUCAUACCACAAGCAAUCUGUUCAAAGCAUGGGUUGGCCAUUGGCGCUCUCUUUGCCAUUCCUGUACGUAUUUUGAUUGCUAUCUGGCUCAUCAUUUCGUGGCCCAUAUCCAAAUGCCUAGACUGGAUGUUGGGGCCACACAAUGGAUUUUCAUAUACAGUACCAGAACUCAAGGCCUUGAUACAUCUUCAUGACAUGACGAAAAGCCAUUCUGGAUGCCUCAAACACGAGUUUUCUAAUAUACUUCAGAAUGUUUUGACCAUGCAAGAACAGACAGCCGGUCAUCUCAUAGGUUCUAGCAAUGAUUUGUUGCUCAUACCUUCAGAUACAAUACUGAGCCAGAGCUUAGUCUCUGAAUACAUCAGUCACGGGUAUUCUCACAUGUUGGUAUAUGAGCCCAAGGGGUCACCCAUGGAGGAGGGUAGCGUCAUUGGCGUCAUCGCACUUGCCGUAAGUAACCACUGA